UGGGCUUUGCCUUAAAAAAAAAUCAAGCACUCCUAAUAAUGUUCAUAGAAAAUUCACACCCAAUUUAACGCAAAACAGAGCUAAACCAAAAUAUACCAAAUAAUAUUGUACAACAUAGAGAAUGGACAGCGACAAUCCGAGUUUGGAGGAGCAGCGCGACCGCGUGGACAAUGCGAUCUUGACCGCCAUGGAGGAUCUAGAUCGGGACUAUCUGCGCAAGCUGCAGAUCGAGAUGCACGCCUGUGCGACCGCCUGCUGUGCGGAUGCGGAUGCGAAUGCGGAGGCGGUACAGCGGUGCGUAGACCGCUGCCAAGUUCGAUUGACCCGAGCCCGCUGUUUCGUGCAGCAGGGUAUGUCCGACUUCGAGAAUCGCCUGGAGAAAUGCAUUCAGAAUUGUCGGCUCCAUGGAUCCGAUUAUCACCUGGAUCGCUGCUCCAACAACUGCGUGGACAGCCAUGUUGGACUGCUGCCCGAAAUGCUCAGGGCAAUGCGAGAUACCCUGGAAAAGGGUGUUUAACAGGAUUAUAUAUGGUGCCUUUUUCACUUCAUACAAAACCAUUAACAAAAAAAACCUACAAAAACCAAGAAUUCUACCUUAAACGUUCUUUCA